GAAUUGCGGGGUUUGUUUAUCUUCCUAAUGAAUCUCUAGUCAUUGGUGAUAGUUAGAAGACUGGCUUACCCUUAACAAUAUUUCCAUAAUUACUAUCCGCUGGUCCUUAUAUGAUAUAACCUGAGCAGCAGCUAUCUGUGUACCUAAACUACCCUCCACAAUGGCCCCCUCCGCAACAGUAAUCGACAAGGGGUCUGAAAGCAACAAGAACGUCGGUGCCCUCGGCAUGACAACCUCAGGCAAGAAGCUCAAGAUCAGAGAAUACCCAAAAUUCGCCUCCCUGGAAGAGGAGCGUCUGUACAGGAAACAACAUCUGGCUGCAGCGUUCCGGAUAUUUGCUGAUCGAGGCUUCGACGAGGGAGUUGCUGGACAUAUUUCAGUUCGAGAUCCGAUUCUAACAGAUCAUUUCUGGUUGAAUCCACUCUCUCAACACUUCGCCACAAUCAGCGUAUCUGGCCUGAUUCUCGUAAACGAAGACGGCCAAGUAGUCAUAGGAGACGAACCUAUCAACGCAGCUGCCUUUGCAAUCCACUCCGAGAUCCACAAAGCCAGACCAGACGUCCACGCAGCAUGUCACGCUCACAGCGUCGCUGGAAAAGCCUACUCUGUCUUCGGAAAGCCCUUGGAUAUGAUGACGCAGGAUGCACUCCGCUUCUACAAGAGUCAUGCCGUAUAUGAUAAUUUUGGCGGGGUGGUUCUGGAUCGAGAAGAAGGGAAGAGAAUCGCAAAAGCUUUGGGGAAUGGGAAGGCUGUUAUUUUGCAGAAUCAUGGUUUGUUGACGGUCGGACAAUCUGUCGACGAAGCGGCCUUCUGGUUCAUCAGUCUCGACAAGACUUGCAUGGCGCAGCUCCUAGCCGAUGCUGCGUCGGCUGGUUCUGGCCACAGGAAGAUCCUGAUCAGCGACAAAGAAGCGGAAUAUUCGUACGAGCAGGUCGGGAUUCCGGCAAAGGGGUGGUUGGCGUUCCAACCGUAUUAUGAUGAGAUUCUGAAGAGGACGAGUGGAGAUUUCUUGAGAUAAAUCACGUCAAGUUCAACUCCAUUCAGGUUCCUGUCAUGUGCUGUAUACCGAAAUCAAUAAAAUCCAGUGGUACAGAUCUACUGUACUGCGUCUUUUACGAAUCCUGAAGCGAUAGAAACCAGCAAGCCUGGGAACAGAAUUUGUGCGCUAAGCUAAGUAAUGCUACAUGCUUUUUUAAACUAUACAAUGUAAAUGGCAACUGUCCAGGCAGAAAAAUGAAUACAAAGGAAAACUCCUAGCAGGAUCCGAAAACUCUAUGCCAGCCAAAUCUAUAAGGGAAACUGAAAUUGGACGCUGUCCAUGGAAGGAAGGUAACUUCUCGG